CAACAAGCAUAAACCCGAAUGUCCAGGGCAAAGGUGUAUAUAAUGCAACUUCUUGAUAGAAAACCUGCCGGACGACCAGGAAAGUACACAUACUGGGACGAGGGUGACUUGACCCAUUUGGGACAAGGAUGGGGGUAGAAGAGGAGGAAACGGGCACAGAGAGUAGCCUGUAAUCAGCCAAGGGUGCAGAGGUGUUAUAUAUAAUCACUCUUCAGGGAACUGGGCCUCCAGCCCACGCCCCAGCUGCUCCCCCACCCCCUCCUCCCCGAAUUGACUGUCCCUUCUCUGGAACUCCUAAGCCUGACCCUGCUCCCUGGCCCUCCCAGCCCACGGUUCCCCUGACCCCGCUCCCUUUCCCAGAACUCAGUCGUCUGAGCCCCCAGCCUGUGGUUCACUCCUGGGCCUCAGCCUUUCCUGCCUUCGACUGAAACGGCAGCAUCUUCUCAGCCCUGGGGGCUUCCCCGGGGCCCAGCCCGGGGCCUAGAACCCGCCCGCCGCCUGCCACGCCGCCACGCUGCCACCGCCGCUUCCUCUAUAAAGGGACCCAGGCGUCCAGGCCCAGGGGCCCCGCACAGCAGGUUCUCCCCAUGACACCACCUGGACGGCUCUACCUCCUGAGGGUGUGCAGCGCCCCCCUCCUCCUCCUUCUGGGGCUGCUGCUGGCCUUGCCGCCUGAGGCCCAGGGGCUUCCUGGUGUGGGCAGCUCACCCUCAGCUGCCCGGACUGCCUACCAGCACCCUCAGAAGCACUUCGCACCAGGCACCCUCAAACCUGCUGCUCAUCUUAUUGGAGACCCCAGCACCCAGAACUCACUUCGCUGGAGAGCAAACACGGAUCGUGCCUUCCUCCGCCAUGGCUUCUCUUUGAGCAACAAUUCCCUCCUGGUCCCCACAAGUGGCCUCUACUUUGUCUACUCCCAGGUGGUCUUCUCUGGGGAAGGCUGCUUCCCCAAGGCCACCCCCACCCCUCUCUACCUGGCCCAUGAGGUCCAGCUCUUCUCCUCCCAGUACCCCUUCCACGUGCCUCUCCUCAGCGCUCAGAAGUCCGUGUGCCCAGGGCCACAGGGACCUUGGGUGCACUCCGUGUACCAGGGAGCUGUGUUCCUGCUCACCCAGGGAGAUCAGCUCUCCACUCACACAGAUGGCGUCUCCCACCUACUUCUCAGCCCCAGUAGUGUCUUCUUUGGAGCCUUUGCUCUGUAGAAAAAUCCAGAAAGAAAAAUAAUUGGUUUCAAGACCUUCUCCCCAUUUUGCCUCCAUUCUGACCACUUCAAGGGUCACCGCACCUCUCUUUUGAUCCUUCCAAUAGCCUCAAGUCUCCCCUGCUCGUGUUACCUGGCGCUUCCAAAGAAGGAAUUCUAGGCACCCCAGGGGACCAUACCUCCUUUCAGCAAACCCCAAUGCUAGGCUGAGGAUUUCAAGUCUGCCUAGAAAUUCCUGCCCAGAGCUCUUCAUCUGUCCUGCCGUCAAAGGAGGACCUAGCCCUGGACAUGGAGUGGUCAGACACCAGGAGGAGCUUGGGAGGAUGACAGAGAGGCAGGGGAGGGGGGAAUUAUUUAUGCAGGGAAAAACUUAAAUUAUUUAUUUAUGGAGGAUGGAGAGAAGGGAAUAACAGAGGGCCACCAGAAGAGAGAGAAAUAUGCCCAAGAGAUGAAGAGCAAGAGAACAUCGGCAUAAGGAUAACACAGUGAAAGAGAAGACAAGUGGGGCUGAGACACCGGGGAGCUCUAGAAGGAAGCAAAAGACUCUUCAGAUCCAGCCACUGCUUGACUAAACACCCCAUGAGGAGACAUCUGCACCUUCGAUGAA